AUGUCGGGUGUCAAUGACAUGGCUUUUCCUGAGGCUUUCAGACUUGUGAAUAGUCUAAAGCGAAGUAAGAAACACCGUGAGACAAAAAUAUACGGGCGUUCGAGGACCAUCAAACAGUGGAUGGGCACUUGGGCACGUUUAUUGUGCACCAGCUACGAUGAUCAAUGCUUCAUACACAUACAGCACGAAAAGGGAAAAUCGUGCGUAGAUUACACCUCAAUUCUCUAA